AAGGGAAGCGCGCGAACCGGUUGGUUGAAUCUUCGUCACUUCCGUCACUCAUCGACGAACUCGGCCCUUCUUUCUCUUUCCCGUUUCAAGCACCACUUUCAAUCCCUGCUUCACAGACAAUGAAACGAGGAAGAAAAAAACACAACGACUAUGUAAAAGAAGAUCGCCUCAGUGAUUUACCCAAUUGUGUUCUUCUUCGCAUACUAUCCCUUUUGGAUGCUGACGAAGCUGUUAAAACUUGCACAAUCUCUAGUAGAUGGAGACAUCUUUGGAAGCAUCUUCCCACCCUUAUAUUAUGUUCUUCACACUUUAUGAGGAUCAAAAGUUUCAAUAGAUUUGUGUCUCGUAUUUUGUGUCUUCGUGAUGUGUCAACCCCGCUGCACGCUGUUGAUUUUCUGUGCCGGGGUGUUGUGGAUCCUCGCCUACUCAAAAAGGUCGUCACAUACGCUGUUUCACAUAAUGUUGAGAAAUUAAGAGUCCAUGCCUGCUGUGAUUUUCAACACUUCUCAUCUUGCUUUUUUUCAUGUCACACUUUAACCUCUCUUGACCUUUGUGUUGGUCCCCCUAGAACUGAUGAGAGAUUAUCAUUUCCUAAGUCCCUUAAUUUGCCAGCAUUAACCACCUUGUCUCUAGAGUCAUUCGCCUUUUGUGUUGGUGACGAUGGUUGUGCUGAGCCUUUUUCGGCAUUAAACAGUUUGAAAAAUUUGAUGAUUCUGUAUUGUAAUGUUCUUGAUGCAGAAAGCCUCUGCAUAUCAAGUGUUACACUUACCAAUUUGACUAUAGUAGGGGAUCCUGUUUACUAUAGCACGGUUGAGUUAUCUACUCCAAGUCUUUUCACCUUUGACUUUGUUUGUUAUGAGGGUAUUCCUGUUUUGAAACUAUGUAGGAGCAAAAUCAACCUCUCUUCUGUCAAACAUGUAAAUAUUGAGGUAAGAAUGUGGACAGAUUAUGCCGAUGCUUCGUUGGUUCUUCUCAACUGGUUAGCUGAGCUUGCUAAUAUCAAAUCAUUGACACUCAAUCAUACUGCUCUAAAGGUUCUCUCGUUAGUUCCUGAUUUAUUGAAGGUUGAGUUCCAUUCCUUGUGUAACUUGAAGUUACUUAAAGUGAAAAUGCGCAUACCCUCAUCCAUGCCUAAUGGAACGUUGUACUUUUUACUUCAAAACUCACCCUCAGCAAAGGUUGAAAUCGUAGAUUGGAGGAUGCCAAUGGGUUGUCAAUGAUUAGGUGGUUUUAGGCCUUUCACACAGUGGGUUGACAAGUGAUUAGACAUUGAUUUCUGUUGUCCAUAUGGAGCAAACUGGGAAAUUUCAAAGAAGCAAUAUCAAAGUAAUGAGGUUUUGAAUCAAACUUUUGUCAGAACCCACUAUGCUUUAGUUUUUAUGUAUAAACACAGUUGUGCUGGAAUUCUGGAGGCACUGGCAGAUGUAUUUUGAGUGAUAUUUGUAACUUCAGUUUCCAUGAAACUCAAAUGUUUUUUUGUAUAAACUCAAAUGUUACAUUGACAGCUAUAUUUCAAUAUGCAACCUA